GAGCGAGAGAUAAGGAUGAUUUAUCAGGAGGCAAUGAAUGCUUUGCUAUGUUCCAGCUAUCCAAGCAUGUUGUUUUCUUUAUCGUUCUGUUAGGAAUUCUUCAAGAAGAACAAAUUGCAAAAUUCAAUAAACUGGUAUAAAGGAUUCAUCAGGACACAUAAGAUAUAUACACUGUGGUGGAUCAACAUAAUCAGGAUCACAGUUAGACUAAAUGCAACAUUCUCUUUAGCUUUAAGAGGACCAGAUAUCUGAGUGCAUCAUGGAUUUUGUGAUGAAGCAAGCACUGGGCGGGGCCACCAAAGACAUGGGGAAGAUGUUAGGUGGAGAAGAGGAGAAAGACCCAGAUGCCCAGAAGAAGGAGGAAGAGAGGCAGGAGGCCCUGAGACAACAAGAGGAGGAGCGGAAGGCCAAACAUGCUCGCAUGGAGGCGGACAGGGAAAAGGUCAGACAGGCCAUUCGAGAUAAGUAUGGACUAAAGAAGAAAGAAGAGAAAGAAGCUGAAGAGAAAGCGGCUAUGGAGCAAGCUUGUGAGGGCUCCCUUACCCGCCCCAAAAAGGCCAUUCCAGCUGGCUGUGGGGCAGACGACGAGGAGGACGAGGAGAGCAUUCUAGACACCGUUCUCAAAUUCCUUCCUGGACCUCUGCAGGAUAUGUUUAAAAAGUAACAUACACAAAGCUGUUUGUGAAGAAAGAUGGGUGAUGGGGGGGAUUUUUGCCAAACAGGUGAAAGGCUUUUCGCCGCCUUGUCGGAAUUUUAUUUUUACCUUUCUACGAAUAGAAUCACAAUUCAUAACCCAACAAACGUUUUGUCUUUUCACUGCCAUUCAGGUUCAAAUUGUUUACACUUUCUAUAAAUCUUUCUAUUUGUUUACUAAUGCAUCACCAGGGUCUCUGAUACUUUGAAAAUGAUCUGCCUUGGGUACUCAUCGAUCAGCCCCACACAAUUACAGCACAUUCCAAGAUGUUGAUAUUGAGCUCUGGCACUGGGUAUAUGAUGGUUCUUUUGAUUAAGUAACAUAUUUAUUUAUUUAGCUAUCUUUUUUUUGUUUUUCUUUUUCUCAACCUGUAGACUCUCUAAUGAGAUGCAGAGUGGCUUAAGGGCACUUUAAAAGCAGCAGCUUGAUAUAAUUUUUCCUUUCUGCACAUAAAAUGUUGUCAGUGAAGUGUAGAAUGCAGCUGUUAUGCAUCAGGUCAAGAUUCUACUAUAUGAGAAAAUUAGUGGGUUUUAUGUUGCUAAUGAUACGAUAGCCGCUGAUAUACUUUCUUAGUUGUGCCAUUUUUGACCACUUGAAUGCUCAAAUGGUUUACAGCCUGGCAGUUCACUUUUAUCUGUUAUGUAUUGUUGUUUAGCUUUUUUUAAACAUAAUUUUCUCUCUCAUAGUUUUUUAUUGUAGUGUGAAAAAGAAUUUGGCAUGACCACAAGUAACAUUCACAUUAGCCUUGCCAGCAAUGAUACCAUAUCAGGAAAAGCAACAGUUUAUCUUUUUACAAACUGGACCAAAUCACUUGUACAGUUAAGAGUCAUUCAGAAUGAUUCAGGAUCUCAUAAACAAGAAAUUACAAAGAAUCUAGAGAAGUUUGUCUUUUGAAGUCACGGCACAUUUUCACUGCCAAAACAGAUGAACUGAUGUUUGAUUACUCACAAAUGACAAUCAGAAACAAGCACUGUAAAUCUUAGAUAGAAUAAAUGAUAAUAAUAAUAUUACAGCCGGUCUCAUAAAAAAAAGAAAAAAAAGAAAAAAUGUGUUGUUUGUAGAUUUUUGUGUCAAUGAUUGAUCAAUCUGAAAUGUUAUUUCAUGCAUAUGGAAUUAAAACUGUGGAUAUUGGUAGAUAGUUUCACAAUAUGAGAAUGCCUGCUGUACCUGUACCAUCAGAAUUGUUAAAAGAAAGACCUGGCUUUUAAUGUGCUUUUAGUACAAAGUAGGUUAUUGUAUAUGUUAAUGUAAAAAAAAGCCUAAAUGUAAAAUAAUGAAUUAAGUGUUAUUGCAAAAUUUGAGGAAUUAUUUUAGCAGAUUUUAUUUCACAAAGAAUAAUUAAGAAAAGAAAGAUGCAUGAACUUCAAUCACAAUAGUAAAAACAUACCAAAGAGAGAAUGAUCUUGAGCAAAUGUCAUAUGAACACAUCUAGUAAAAGUUAAAGGUACAUGUACUGUGCAAUGCUGAUAAAGCAUGUUAAAUUAUUUUUUUCAUAAUAACACUUUCUUAUAUCUUAAAAACAACAAUCAUUCUUGCCUGCUGCGAAACAGAACUAUAAACAUGAUAAUAAGUUGCUUACAAAAAAUGCUAGCUCAUGUUUGGUCCAAAAUAUCCAUCUUAGUGCUGGUAAAGUCUGAUGUGGGGAUGCAAAUAUAAUCAUUUGAGGCUUUUUUUAUUGAAUUAUUAAUGUUUUUAAGCAUUGAGUAAACACUGCCAUUUGAUAAACACAUUGGACACUUAUUUCAGGGGAUGGUUAAAUGUUUACAUAACUGUUUAUUAGUACUGGUGUAAAGAGUCAAGCUCAUUUUGUAAAGUAAUGCCCAACUGGGGAUUGUAUUGCAUGAUAUAUAUAUAUAUAUAUAUAUAUAUAUAUAUAUAUAUAUAUAUAUAACCCUAUAGAUAAGUUUACAUUUUUUCCAUUACACAUAACUUAGUAGUUGUAUGUUUUCCAAACAAUCAGAUAAAAAAUGUGUCCCUUUUUUAAACUACGAUAGGAGAAAACUACAGGAAUGUAUCCAUACCCAUUAGGCUGGUUGUUCUGAUCAUAAUGCCUUUUAAGAUUGUGAAGUUUAUUUAAAACAUCUUAGUAAGAACAGAACGACAUACUUAAGAAUAACUCAUCAUGUUAAUUUUAGCAGUACAGAAGUAAUUUUUAUUUAAUUAAAUUUUUUUAUUAAAUUAUAAAGAAAGAAUGAGAUUGACUUUUUAAUAUUUGUAGUGCUGAAAUGUUUUUUUCACUAGUCAAAGCCAUAUUGUUAGAUUGCAAUAAUUAAUGAAAACAUAAUACAUAGGUAAAUCACCUUGUAGUCAAGCAUCUGUUUUCUGUAAAAAAAAAAGAAAAAAAAAAGGCAUAAAAUAUUGAUAUCUAUUUAAUUUGUCUUUAAACUCUUCAUAGUUCAUGUCAGAAUGUGUAUAUACUGUAUAUAGACAUUUCCGUAGAAAGAGAAUCUUUUUAAAAGAUUGCUAUUGUUGUAACAUCUUCUCUGUGUACUCUAUGUGUUCUCAAUGUAAGUGUGUUUUUAUGUGUGUCUGUACGUGUUUGUGCUGUUAUUUCACGUCAUACCUGUUGAUGUCUCUUAAAUCGCACACUCAGAGCAGGCUGUGCCCGCUGUCAUGGAGAUGGUGGAGUCAGGAUGUGGGAGUUCAUGUAUGCAUGCAGUUGAACUUUGCAUUAAAUACCAAAAUAGAACAUCAGGUUGUCACAUGUUUAUGUAUUACUGUCCCUGCAACAGAAGCUGCAUCCUUUAUCCAGGUCUCCAGGGCUUGGAUCCCAUCUGUUUAAUGGGAUAUUAUGAAUUUAUCAGGCCUAUCUUCAGGGUGUUAGCUACUGACAGAACUGAGUGAUCAUUUAAAAAGAGAUGGUAUUGCUAAACUAGGACAAUUUCUAGUCGGUUAUCCAUUGCAACUGAUCUCUGACAAAACAAAAGUGAUAAUAUUAUAUAGUUGUACUUCAAGUAUACCUCUUGACAUAUAUGACAUCCAUGCAAUGUGUCUUGGAGCAUCCUUUCAUGAGACAGUCCACUUAAGUUAAUAUUCAACCUAACACACUUCUAUUUUGGGGGCCACUAUAUAAUUAGUUUAUUCACUAAUUUCAGAACAGUUUAGGUGUCAAUUCUCCUUUUAUUGAUACUUCCAUCUUGUCAUAUGUAUCACAGUCACAUUUGGAUUAUUAUUUUCAUGUACUUUUUUUUACAUGAGCAUUACAUAAUAAACAACUGGGUAAAAGGG